AUGACUAUCCGAAAAUGUGUCCUCCUCCUCUUCAUUCUGGCCAUCCUCUCCGACGCCGUAACGGGGCAGAUCCCCCGCUGUUUCGGCGGCAACUAUACCACCAACGGCACAUACAGCACCAACCUCAUCUCUCUAAUCUCAUCUUUUCCACCAAACAUACAACACAACGGAUUCUACAACGCCACCGCGGGCCAACCCCCGGACCAAGUGUAUGCUACCGCGCUCUGCAGAACCGACUUCCAGCUCGAGGCCUGCCGCACCUGCCUCCGAGAAGCCGCUCCAGAGCUUCUCCGGUUGUGCCCCAACCGAAGACAGGGCAUCCUGUUCAGAGACACAUGCACGCUGCGCUACUCUGACGAGUCACUUGCCGACGGCGCCGGAACUGACAGUGACGCUUUCAUUGCUAAGAGUACCCAGACUGCAAGGAAUCCCGAUCAGUUCAACCAGGUGAUACAAAAUAUAUUACUGAAAAAUAUAAGACUAAUGUAG